AUGAAACAGGAACACCAGCAAAGCCGCCUCAGAAGGAUAGCAAAAUUUUUCUAUAGCAAAGAAGAUGGGACAGUUCUCGGCAGGACGCCAAAAAGUUGGGGUCUCAUUUUCGCAUUCUACCUGGUUGCUUAUGCGUUCCUUGCCGGGUUUUUCGUUGGAAUGAUAUCCGUUUUUAUGUACGGAUAUGUAUCGAAUGAGAUACCCACAUUGACUGGAAAGCAGAGUCUGUUGUCUCUUAGUCCAGGAGUGGCCUUUGCACCUCGUGUCACUACCACGACAGCCUUCUUACAAUUCACCACUUUUCCGUCUAGUAUCAAUGCGCCAUACGUAGAAGGGGUUCGUAGACUGCUCAGUCGGUAUGAGGCCUCGAACUUGACUACCGUUUGCCCUGAUGGCGCAGCUGCAAUCACAUUCCCGGAACAACCGUGUCAAUUCCCGCUAACCAGCCUAGGACCGUGCGCUGAACCUGAAGCGUCGCUCAAGGCAGGACUGCCUUGCAUCUACCUACGACUAAACAGGGUAUACGGUUGGCUUCCCGAUUUGGCCAACGAUACAGUGUUUCCAGAAGCCGCCAUCGGGUGUUAUGGUCAGAACGACAUUGCCAAAUUCCAACUGGGCGAUCCGGAAUACUUUCCCCAAUUAGUUACUCCAAGUGGAGAAAAAUAUGCUAAGAUCCCAUCUACCUACUUUCCGUUCAUUGGACAAGCGGGCUAUCAGGCUCCCCUGGCUGCCGUACGGUUCCCCAACAUAAUGAAGAACACCGUUGUGUUAGUCGAGUGCAAAGUCUAUGGCCUGGCGGGUGUGGACUCUGAAGUGAUGUUUGAAAUAGCUGUUGAUGGGCGAAAGUCGUUAGUCUAAAGCCAAUCCUCUGAAUGAUCGUGGCCUUUUUCAGUUCCUCAAUGUGAUUCGCCUCCCCACACUUGAGCCAGUUUGUGCGGAUUACUACCAGCUAUAUAGUUUUACAGUCAAAAUUUCAGAUAAACAACCAUUUUUUAAUCAUCACUUGUGAAGCUACUCAGAUUACUCAUGGGCUCAGUCAAUACAUCCGUACACUUUCCCGAUAGCUGUUUCGCAACUUUCAUGAAUCUUCCAUAGUUCCAGUUCGGAAUACACCUCGUUUUUCUCUAUUUCUAAUGUAAGGCACCAAUAAACUCC